UAAGUUUUUAUUUCUCGUUGAAACAUUUAUUUGAUCUUUUUCUGAAAUGAACGAUAAAGAUGAAAAUGAUCGUAAAAAGCUACAGGAGCUUUGGAAAGAUUUACACCCUACUGUGUUUUUCUGUAUAGAUUUCAUUAACAGAAAAUUCAGAUUGGUGGAGGAUUGUGAAUAAUUUAGAAGAGACACUUUUAGCCAAUAAUAUCGAUUCAACAUUAUGUAUGCAACGUGCGAUAUGUUGGUUAAUUAAAAAUUCAUCACAAAAUGUAGCUUUAGGUAAAAGUGCAAGUGUAGACAAAAUUAUUGAUGGAAUAGCAAGCAAUACUUGGAUGCGACAUUUUAUUAAUGGAACUGCAAUAGAUAACGCCAUACAAGAUGGUUAUAAAAGUGACAAAAAUUGUUCAAAUACAUACUCCUGUCAAUUAAAUCAAUUAUCUUUGGAAAAGAUUAUGAAGAAAAUCACUAAAAAUGUAAACAGAUUAUAAGUACCCACAA